CUGACCAUCAUGGCUAUAUAUACUAGUGAUAUGUUGUUCUUUGACUAGGCUCUUUUAAGUGAAUGAUGGGAGCACUGAAUAUCAGAGUAUUUUUAUUUUUUUAAGACCAGUGAAAGGUCCUUUAACUCUCUCACUCGAUGCUCAACCCUGGCCUCAAGUCAAACUUCAUAUCUGACUUUAAAUUUAGAUUCAAAACUUGCUAUAAUAUGCAAUAAUGCAAUAUUUUUGUAACUCUCAUACUUGAAUCAACUGUGUUGUAAAUUAAUAUUGAUAUGCCUGGAAAAUCUCAACUUGUCUCUUAUAACUAUCCCAUAGGUAAUAAAAAACAACAACAAAAACAACAACAAAACAAACGAACAAACAAGAAAAAUCCCAACCUGUGGCUGAGGUCUCAUAGGUCUCGUAACACCCUGGACCUCCUCCCCUCCUGUUCCAUCUUGCUGGGUUGCCAUAGGCUGGGCUCGCUUGGUGUAGUUGCAGCAGAUGGGCAGCAUGAAAAUCCUCUUAGCAACUUUCUGCUGAUGGUGACUCGCUGAGCACAAUUCUCCACCUUCUGAUCCAUCGAGCAGAGAUUCCACUCCAUUUCAUUGCACAACUAGAUGCCUCACAUCUAGCCACAGGGCUAGUAGAACUGUAUCUGGAGUAGCUGAAAUUAUAGACUCGGACAUGUCUACUGAUAAGAAACUCAAAAAGAAGAAAGAAGAGUCUGUUUCUGCAGAGGUGAAUGGAACUGAAGCUAAACUCAAAAAGACCAAGAGUAAGAAAAAUGGAGACCUGUCAGCAGAGAGCAGCCCUGCCACUCAGAAAGGUGAGAAAUUGAAGAAAAAGAAAGAGAAAGAAAAGCAAUCUCCACACAAGGAAAAGCCUGAACCCCCCAAAAAAGCCAGAAGUGUCCCAAAGAAGAAAAAGUCUUCAACCGAGGAUGAUGAUGAAAAUGUUGAUGAAGAAACAGAGGGUAAUGUUGAGAAAAAGAAGAAAGAAAAGCCCACAAAAGAUAGUUCUGAUGUAAAGGAAAAAGGCAAGAAAUCUAAAUCUAAAGAGGACAAAGAAGACAAAGACGGUAAAGUAAAGUCUAAAACCAAAAAGAAAGAGACGGCCUCCAUGUUCCAGAUAAAUGGAGACAAACCUGAGACCAAAAAUAAAAAGAAAGCCGCUAAAUUGGAGAGUGAGCAGGACAGUGAAGCAGAGAGCAAAAGCAGCAAAGGCAAGAAGAAGAGUGCCUCCAUGUUCCAGACUGAGAAAGACAAGGACAAGAAGUCCAAAAAGUGCAAAAGCUCUGCCAAAGCGGAAGGGAGUGAUGAGCCCGACUCAGAGGCGGCACAGAAAAAGACAAAGGGAAAAGGCAAAAAGAGGAAAAAGGAAGAGCGAGUACCUUCUCCAGUCAUUGAGUUUGACGACCUGGAGGGGUUCGUGCUUCAGCCAGCCCAGCAAGGCGUCACAGUGAAAUGCAAGGUGACCCGGGACAAGAGGGGAGUGGACCGGGGCCUUUACCCCACCUACUACCUCCACUUGGACAAUGAGAAGAAGGUAUUUUUGCUGGCGGGGAGAAAACGCAAGAAGAGCACAACCUCCAACUACUUAAUCUCAGUUGACCCCACUGACCUUUCCAGAGGGGGUGAGAACUAUGUGGGGAAAGUGAGGUCCAAUCUGAUGGGCACUAAAUUUACCGUGUUCAAUAAUGCACUGCAUCCCAACCGAGCCCUCCCUGACAUGUCGAAUGCCAGACAGGAACUCGCAGCCAUUAUCUACGAGACCAAUGUUCUGGGAAUGAAGGGUCCGAGACGAAUGACGGUUAUUAUCCCUGGAAUGAACAAGGACGGAGAGCGAGUCCCCAUACGACCACGCAGUGAUAAUGAUGGCCUCCUGAUCCGAUGCCAGAACAGGAACAUGGAGAACUUGAUUGAACUGCGCAACAAGACGCCGGUGUGGAAUGAGGAGACAUCGUCCCAUGUGCUCAACUUCAAUGGCAGAGUCACGCAGGCCUCCGUCAAAAACUUCCAGAUCAUUCACAACAAAGACCAGGACUACAUUGUGAUGCAGUUUGGAAGAGUUGCAGACGAUGCCUUCACACUGGACUAUAGCUACCCUCUGUGUGCCGUGCAGGCCUUUGCAAUUGCCCUCUCCAGCUUUGAUGGCAAAAUUGCCUGUGAAUGAAAGCUUCCAAGCAUGCAUAGCCAGCGACAUGUCCCACAGCCCGUGACCCAUGACCCACGUAAAGGUCACGCUUCAUCCCUAUGCUUCCAUGUGUCUCCAAGAGGAGUCAUAAACCAAUGAAAAUAAAAAUGCCCUGGAAAAGUGUAAAAGGUUUUAGAGAAUAUGAAGGGUUUCUGGGAAACUCACAUAUGGAACACAUUCCAGAAAAUACACACUCAGAUGAGAUUAAUUCAAAGGAUUAAAGUUUUGGAAAGAAGGCAAAUAUCAGGGGAUCCUUUGUGCUCUGUGAGGAAGAUUAAAUGAAGUGCAGGUCAGAACCUGUAAUAUUCUUCAGGAUAAUUUAUUUUUGGAGGGAGUAAUAUGAGAAGUACCCAGUUUGGAGUGAGGUAUAAAUGUGGGUUAUGACUGCAUCAAACUACAUGUUUUAGGUUUUUAGCUAAUGUACAAGUAGCAAGAUAACAUGCACUUCAUUUUUAAAGUGUGCUUCUUACAUGACUUUAAAAUAGGGAGACACAAGAUAGCAUAAAUUAUACAUGCUACGGCACAUUCCAUGGUAACAGCACAGAAGAUUUUAUUAAGAAUAAUGCCUGAAUGCCUGAAUACAAAUUUACAAAUUGUUUGGGUGAUUGUGUAGAUGUGAUGGCACAGAGGAAUUUUUAAAAAUUCCAAAUUCAUCUUUGUUGUAGAAUUGAACAUCUAAUUUUGGGUCUUCUUGUUUGUGUUAAUUGCCUUUUAUAUUCCAUUGUAGCCUUAUUCAAGAUAUGAUAAUUUAUGUAAGAUAUAGAAUGUCAAAAAUACAUCAACCCCACCUCCUCCACCCCUUUUACUUUAAGUGCAAGGACAAUAUAAAUGUAUGAGAUUGCAUACAAUACUCUGGAGUUAAA